AACCAGCUGAUCUAAACUGGCUGCUUGUUUUAAUGCUGAGCAGGAGAAUAUUUCCUCUGCAGCUGCACAGAUCAACACAGGACACUAACAAAAUCAGCAGCAGGUGGGGGUGGGGCUUCGGUGAGUGAUCAUCAGAACAUCAGAAGGAACCAGAUGAGUCCAACGUUCAGAACCUGCAGCCGGGUGGACAAGCUGAGCUGGUCCAGAGCCUUCAGCAUGCAGACAGCUGGCAGCCUGUAGGAACCAAACCGCAGGAACUGAACUGGACCGAACUGAACUACAGGAACCGGACUGAACUACAGGAACCGAACUGAACUACAGGAACCGAACUGACUACAGGAACCGAACUGAACUACAGGAACCGGACUGAACUACAGGAACCGAACUGACUACAGGAACCUGACUGAACUACAGGAACCGGACUGAACUACAGGAACCAAACUGACUACAGGAACCGAACUGACUACAGGAACCGAACUGAACUACAGGAACCGGACUGACUACAGGAACCGGACUGAACUACAGGAACCGAACUGACUACAGGAACCGAACUGAACUACAGAACCGGACUGACUACAGAACCGGACUGAUCCGAACUGCAGGGAAGGUUUUCAUCCCCCCUCCGCUACAGAAACCAUCCAUGAUGCCCCAUCUUCUGCUUCUCCUGUGCUUCCCUCCAGCUGUGGUCUCCCUGUUCUGCUACACCUGCGUGUUUCCGGCCGUCUCUCCUCUGGACUGCAUCCGCUUCCCGCUGAAGUGUCCGCCGGGGCAGCUGUGCCUGUCCAGCCAGGCCGCGGGGCAGAAAGGUGACCUGCGGGUGGUUCUGUACGAGAAGAGCUGCGUCCUGCCCGCGCUGUGCGGAGUCACCGGGGAGAAGUACGCUCUGGGUCUCAACUUCACCUUCAUCAACGAAUGCUGCAACACACACCUGUGCAACGCAGCCGGCCCCCCCGCCGGGCCCCCGUUCUGGACGGCCCUGCUGCCCCUGCUGGCUCUGGGCUCCGCUCGGUGAACAGAACAUGAACGCAUCAUGGAAACUAACAGGGAGUGAAUCCUUCUGAUUCCAGAUACAUGUUUCAGAGUUUUAAAGUGAAACUAAAACUAAUCUCUGAAUUAAAAGCAGAAACUUCAGAAAUGAUUCCAACCAACUGAACUUUUCCUGUUUUGGUAUUUUAUUCAGAUUUAUGAGCAAUACAAAGUCAAGCAGGAUGUCUGAACCGAAGGGAAACAGAAAUUCUCCUUGGAGCCGAAAUAUUAAAACUCAUCUGAUGAAAGAACA